UCCGGCGGUGCCUAUAGCCUACAGAAAAUGACUAGCGGCGACGAGGUCGGGAGCAAUUCGAGGAAACCCGUACCCAAACCCGAAAUGGCGACCGGCCAGACCCGAGCGAAGAGCCUGGAUGAUCUGCCCCCGGCACUCCUCGCCACCAUCAUGGCGAAGCUUGACGUGGCAUCGAUCUUCUCCGCCGCCUCCACGUGUACGGCCUUCAGGGCCUGCGCUUCUCAGCUCCUCUCCUUCCUCCCCACCAUCCACCUCCUCGACAUUGCUCCUUCUAUGGAUUUGUUGCGGCCUCUGUUGGGGCCGCCGAACCCUUACCUGAGGAGCCUGAAGGUCGACUGUGAUAGGCUCAAUGAUUCGGCGAUAGAGCUCUUGCUUCGUCCUCCAGCGCACGAGCUUUGUCUGCUCAAUUGCGUCGAUUUUAGCGGGAAGCUGCUUUCCGAGGUCGGCAGGCGAUGCCGGGAUCUGAGGUCUCUAUGCUUGGGUUCAGUGGCCGAAAAAAGAGGGCGGGCAAUUCAUAUUUCUGAUCUGGAGGAGUUGCUCAUUGGUUGCACUCAACUAGAAGCACUGAUCCUGAUGUUUGAUGUUUCGUCACUUAUUGGUCAUAAUUUUGCUCGAGUUUGGCCUUUGGCUUCUGAAAAACUGACUUCUAUUGAGAUCGGCUACAUUUCUUCAGUAGCAGUGACUGAGAUGCUUAGCCCAAAUUUGGGACCCCAUCAAUCGCCAAAUCAUAUCCGACCAUCCAUAUUGCCAAGCAUUCAGAAAUUGUGCCUAUCAGUAGACUGCAUAACUGACACCAUGGUUAGUACAAUAUCUGAAGGUCUCGCCUCCUUAACCCAUUUGGACCUUCGUGAUGCACCCCUCAUGGAACCAGGAAUUGCACUGGAUUUGACCAACUUUGGCCUUCAACAAAUUAAUCAGUACGGGAGACUGAAACAUCUAUCACUGGUCCGGCGCCAGGAGUUCCGUAUCACCUAUUUUAGACGAGUAAAUGAUCUUGGAGUCCUCUUGAUGGCUGAAAAGUGUACUAACAUGGAAAGCAUAUAUCUUGGUGGCUUUUGUCGUGUUACAGACACAGGUUUCAGAACAAUCUUGCAUUCAUGCUCUAGAUUAUACAAGCUUAGGGUGUUUCAGGGGACCCAAUUAACUGAUCUGGUUUUUCAUGACAUCUCUGCAACUUCACUUACUUUGACACACGUUAGCUUGAUAUUUUGUAAUCGUUUGACCAAUCUUGCUGUAAUGAAUUUGGUAUCCAACAAGGAUCUUAGAGUUCUUGACCUUAGAAAUUGCAAAAACCUUGGGAAUGAAGCCCUUCGAGCCAUCGGCAUUCUUCCUCAAUUGAAGAUUUUACUGUUGGAUAACACUGAUAUAACUGAUGUGGGAUUGUCAUACUUAAGACAGGGAGUUAUGUGUUCAAUUGUUACAUUGUCCAUUAGAGGGUGCAAGAGACUUACAGAUAAAUGCAUUUCUGCAUUAUUUGAUGGUUCACACAAGACGGAGUUGCGAGAAUUGGACCUAUCAGAUAUUCCUAACCUUUCUGAUAAGGGAGUUUUGUUACUGGCAAAAAGUCGGGUUCCAUUCUCUGAACUCCGAAUGCGGUGUUGCCCGCUCAUAGGUGACACUGCUCUCAUGGCAUUAGCCUCGAUGCUGGUUGAUGAGGGCAGAUGGCUUGGUAAUAGCUUGAGGUUGUUGGAUCUAUAUGACUGUGGUGGCAUCACACAGCUUGCAUUCCGUUGGUUAAAGAAACCGCACUUUCCAAGUCUGAGAUGGUUGGGAGUUACGGGAAAUGUGAAUAGAAAUUUGGUAGAUGCUUUAGCUAGGAGUAGACCAUUUUUGCAUGUGGAAUGCCAUGGUGAGGAGCUGGGGGCUGAUGCCACUGAUCAGUGGGAUUGCUCGGAUAGUUCAUACGUCCAUGACUAUGAUGAGGUGCAUGACUACGAUGAGGUGGAUGAACUCGAACAGUGGCUGCUAGAAGGUGAGGGCGAGCUUGUUGAUGAAGAGAUGGGAGAUGCUGAAUUGGUAGAGUAACUUGCAAGAUAUGUUUUUAUCGUGUAUUUUUACAUGCUUGUAACAAUUUCGCUAGCUAGUGUUGUUGAUAUGUAGAGAUGUAACUCUUUUUAUCAUGACUUGUGGUUAGAGUUCAGAAAAUUUGAUAUCCUCCUGACUCAACUA